AUGCGGACUAUCCUCCUCUCCUACCUCCUCCUCUCCUCCAAAGCGCUCGCCGCCCCCCAAAUCCUCUCCUCCUUAGCCUCGGCCAUCUCCUCCCUCAUUGGCGGCUCCUCCGGCCUCGUCGACACGGCUCUCGGCACGCUCGCGGGCGCUUCCGGGAUCAAUGCGACAUUCGACUACAUCGUCGUCGGGGGCGGGACCGCGGGCAACGUCGUGGCCACCCGCUUGGCAGAAGCGGGACUCUCAGUGGCGCUCGUUGAGGCGGGCGGCUAUUACCAGGUCGAGAAACCGCUGCUGACGACGGUGCCGGCAGGGGAUGUGUUCUCGAUAGGGAUGGCUGCGAGUGAUGCGGCGGGGUCGCUGGUGGAUUGGAAGUUUGAAACGACGCCGCAGGAAGGAUGCGAUGGGAGGACAUUUCAUUAUGCGAGGGGGAAGUGUUUGGGUGGGAGCUCGGCGUUGAACUUUAUGAUCUAUCAGAGAGGCACGCAGCAGUGCUACGACGAAUGGGCCUCGCUCCUCGACGACGACAGCUGGUCGUGGGCGAACACGCAGGAGCACUUCAAGCGCAGCUUCACCUUCCACGCACCCGACAACACCAAGCGCGGAGCCAACGUGACGACCCGCUACAACGCGGCCGCCUUCGACGCCAGCGCCUCCGGCCCCGUCCAGGUCGGCUACUCCAACUUCGUCAGCGCGGCGGCGACCUGGCUGGAGAAGGGCAUGGACGCCGUCGGCAUCCCCACCAUCACCGACUUCAACAGCGGCACUCUCCUCGGCAAGCAAUACCUCUCCACCACCAUCCGCCCGAGCGACGCCACCCGCAGCGGCUCCGACCAGUUCAUCCUCCGCGCCAAGACGUCACCGACAGCCUCCCGCAACCUCAAAGUCUACCUGCGCACCCUCGCCACCAAGAUCCUCUUCGACGACGACAAAAACAACACCAAAACAGCCACCGGCGUCACCGUCGAAACAGCCGACACCACCUACACCCUCACCGCGCGCAACGAAGUCAUCCUCUCCGCCGGCGCCUUCCAAUCCCCCCAACUCCUCAUGCUAUCCGGCAUCGGCCCAGCCGCGCACCUCGCCGAGCACGGCAUCGCCCUCGUCAAAGACCUGCCGGGCGUCGGCCAGAACAUGUGGGACCACGUCAUGUUCGGCCCGUCGUACGAGGUCGCCCUGCCGACGCUGAACCGCGUCGUCCGCGACCCGGCCUACGCCGCGCGCCGCCUCGCCGACUACGCCGCCACCCAUUCCGGCGAGCUGGCGUCCAACGUCGUCGAGUUCCUCGGCUGGGAGAAGCUGUCAGCGCUCGACGCCGGCGCCGCGGCGGGGAAGAACUUUUCCGACGAGACGAGGGCGGCGCUCGCGGCCUUUCCUGACGACUGGCCAGAGGUGGAGUACCUCACGACCAACGCCUACAUCGAAGACUUCCUACACCCCGUCGCGAACGUCGCGCGCCAAUCCGCCCAACACGCCACCAUCCUCGGCGCCCUCGUCGCACCCACCUCGCGCGGCACCGUGACCCUCUCUUCCCCCUCCGCCGGCGCUGCCCCCCUCAUCAACCCCAACUGGCUCACCGCCCCCGCCGACGUCGAGCUCGCGGUCGCCAUGUACAAGCGGAUGCGCGAGAUAUGGGGUUCGGAUGCGAUGAGGGCUGUUGUUGUUGGCGGCGGCGGGGAUGCCGGGCGCGAGUUUUAUCCCGGCUUGGAUGCGGUGGCGACGGAUGAGGAGAUUCGGGCGCAGGUGAGGAAGAGCUUGACGACGGUGUGGCACGCGGCGUGUACGUGUAAGAUGGGCGCGGAGGGGGAUGCGGGGGCGGUGUUGGAUGCGAGGGCGCGCGUGCGUGGCGUGCGGGGGUUGCGGGUCGUGGAUGCGAGUGCGUUCCCGACGUUGCCGCCGGGGCAUCCGCAGAGUGGUGUUU